CCUGACUCGAUUUGUUCAAUUUCCAAGUUUAACAACCUUGACUUGAUUUUUAACAACCUCCCCGGGAUUCUUUCCUCCCCUACCCCUAUUCACAUUCGCGAAUUGCAUUCAUAUUUUAGAUAUAUCGACAUAUCCAAUCUAGCAAGAUGAGUGUGCUUGCGACUAAGCAACAGUCGCAGAAGAUCUUUGAGAAAUUGAAGACCAAGCCUGCGAAUAGGAUAUGCUUUGACUGCGGGCAGAAGAAUCCUACGUGGACCUCCGUGCCAUUUGGCAUCUACCUAUGUCUCGACUGCUCCUCUAACCACCGAAACCUCGGUGUCCACAUCUCCUUUGUUCGCUCCACCAACCUUGAUCAGUGGCAAUGGGAUCAGCUACGCGUUAUGAAAGUUGGCGGCAAUGAAUCCGCCACUAAGUACUUUCGCGCAAAUGGCGGUAGCGCUGCCCUUGCUAGCAAGGACCCGAAGACCAAGUACCAAUCCAAUGUAGCGACCAAGUACAAGGAUGAGCUUAAGAAGCGCGCCGCCCGAGACGCUCUUGAGUACCCCGAAGAGGUUGUUGUCACUGACGUACCUGGCGAUGGCGCUGAGGGGUCUGCAACCCCGGCGAGCGAACCGAGUGAUGACUUCUUUUCUUCUUGGGAUAAGCCAUCCAUCAAGAGACCCACACCGCCUAUUUCGCGAACUAACACACCGCCCGUUGUCGGUCGAACUGCGUCUCCAUUCCUCAACGCUAAUGCCAAUGGCAAGGAGAUCUCGAGAUCUUCGUCUCCUCUAGCCAAGUCGGACUCUGCCAAUGAUGCCAAACCUGCCGCCAGUCGUACUACUACUUCCGCUGCACUUCGGAAGACAAACACGGGGCCUCGCAAAGCCAAUGUCUUGGGCGCAAAGAAAACUACUACCAAGCUCGGAGCAAAGAAGGUCACUGGAGAUAUUAUCGACUUUGACGAGGCGGAGAAAAAGGCUAAGGAAGAGGCCGAACGAAUUGCGAAACUAGGUUACGAUCCUGAGGCUGAAGAGGCCGAAGCUAAGCAGACAACCACAACCAAAACUGAAGCCUCUAACGUAGUUUCACCGACGCCAGUGAGCCCGCGUGGCUAUGGAUCUGGUCAUUCACGUGAAAAGUCCGCCGCUGAGGUCGAGCGAUUAGGUAUGGGUUUCGGAAGGCUAGGAUUUGGACAAGUUGGAGGUGGCAAGGCCGCCGCCAGCUCCGCGCCCAAGAAGAAUGCUGGCGGAUUUGGUUCAGUCGGUCCUGUUAAAUCGACUUCUGAAGAAAACGAAGAGCGCUAUGCGCGAAACAAGUUCGGAACCCAAAAGGGAAUUUCUUCGGACGAAUUCUUCGGAAAGGGUGCGUUCGACCCCAAUUCCCAGGCCGAGGCCAAGACCCGCCUGCAAGGAUUCGAGGGUGCCACCUCCAUCUCGUCGAACGCUUACUUCGGUCGACCCGAAGACGAAGAUCCAGCGGAUGACUACGGCGAUCUCGAAUCCGCUGCCAAGGAUUUUAUUCGAAAAUUCGGCAUCACUGCCGGCGAUGACCUCGACAACCUCACAAGCGCAUUGGGUGAAGGUGCUACCAGACUGCAAGGUGCCAUCCGAAACUACCUCAAUGGUUAAACCAGGUAGAAAUGGUUAUAUAGAGCACCCCACUGGUGGGAUGGGAGGAAAGUUGUCAAUGACUUAUCCCCCCCAAUUUGACAGUCCUACGGUUGUUGGGACAAGCUGGCUGAGCUGUAUAAGCCUGAUACUAGGCAAUUGAACACAAUACACAUGAGACAAGAUGCGACGAACGGUAUAGGGGUUACCAUGAUAAACAACGACGGCUGUGUUUGGCCUACGAUUCGGGACGUCUAGAAUAAUUGGCGUGGUACGCGUAGUACCUAAUAAAAACGAUUAUACAUAUAUUUACCUACCUAGAUGAUGACAUCGGAAGUAGGAUAUGUUUCUCCAAGAUUCGAUUUGUAGAUGUGUA